AUGUCGGAACUUUACGACCUCUUUGCCCACUUGGGCGACUCAGUCCACAAGCUAUACAGGCUGGUCACGUACCGGUUCACGAACAACCUUAGCGAGUCGUUCUCCCAAGUGCCAAUGCAGCACUGGAUCCGCCUGGUAAUCAUCGUUGGGGCCUACGCCCUGCUUCGGCCCUACAUCGUCAAGAUGGGCGCAAAAUUCCAGGAGAAGCAGAUGGCAAAAGACCAGAUCGAACAAGAAAAGCAGGCCGAGAUAUCCCCCAAUCAGCUGCGGGGCCAGGUCGACAUACCGGAAGACAGCGACGAGGAGGAACAGGCCGAAACCACUUCAUCAGACUGGGGGAAGAAGGCUCGCAAGCGGCAACGAAACAUGAUCAAGAAGAUGUUGGACAUCGAAGAGAAGAGGCUCCAGGAACUGCAAGAAGAAGAGGAAGACAAGGAUAUCGAGCAGUUCCUGGUCGGAUGA